UGCAAGCCUCGUAGCUCGUGACGACGUGUGCCCCUAGCAGUUCGAAUUGAAGGCACAGCGCACCGGUGGGCGCAGUGGAGGCUCGACACACUUACAAACUGAUCCAACUCGCACAACGCUGCAGGCGGUGGACUGCGACGAACUGCGAUUGCAUCCUUGCAACCUUGGCAACCAAGCUCCAAAGAGCAGGCACUGCGAUUGCAACCCUUGGCAACCAAGCUCCAAGAGCCAACAGCAAGCUCGACAGCCGUGACGGACAAGAUGCGAGGCCUCCUCGCGCUCGUCAUCCUCCCAAUCGGCGCGCUGCGACCAUCAUCGACACCGCGUCCACCGACUACAAGGCGAAACACCGCGACGCUCGACGCCGUCGACGAGUUCCGCGCCGCCGCCGGCUUCCACCGCCCGAAGGACGUCUACUGGAAUAAUUUGGAGCUCGUCGACGCGUUGUCCACGAAGACCUUCGCGAAGAUGCCUGCUUUUGUAUCCGAAAAGACAAUAAAAGAGUGCUCGAAAGGCGCCAUGGAGGCCUUCGAGAACCAAGGCGGCCACGACGGCAUGUACCUCAAUAAACCGUGGAAGAACUCGCGGAUCUAUUACGACGCGCGGCGCGUCUGGACGCCCGAGGACGCGUCGUUCUGGGAGCCCUUGGUGAAGGAAGUGCGCCAGAACAUCGCGCAAGCCUUUGGGCUGGGCAGCGACCUCGAAAGGGCCCUCCCGCUCGAGGCGGCCUUCGUGAACUAUUACGUGGGCCUGCCGGGCCAGCCGCGCGACAUGGAGCGCCACGUCGACUGCGACCCCGACGGCGUGCCCGUGCCGCUGUCGGUCGUCGUACAGGGCAUCUACGAAAAUGGGGAGUGGGGCGACGUCCUCGGCACGCUCGACUGCCAGAAGACGUUCGAGUCCGACGUCGAGGCCGUCGAGCUCAGAGCGGGCGACGCGGCCGUGCUCGCGCGGGCCGUGCACCGGCCGCGGCCCGUGCCCGAGAAUGAAAAAAGGAUGGCCUUCGUGCUCUUCUUCUCCGAGCUCAACCCGACGAGCUGACACGUCUAAGGAGCCUAGCCUAUAGACUCCUGAUCUAUGGUUACGGUGCUAGGACCGCCCGGGGCCGCGAGCCGCG